AUGGAUCAUAAUUUACUAUCUAAUGCCAAUACUGCGAAUAUAAGCUCAAAGCAAUGUAUAUCUGCACAAUUUUCAGAGUCAGACAAUGCAGAGGUACGUAAUGAAUCAUUGGUUGAAGAAUUUGAACGCAAAUUAAGCGUUGGUCAACAAAUGAAAAGUCUUGAAGAUACAUAUUUGUUAUAUUGUGAAUAUGGACGUAUCGAAGGGUUCAAUGUGAGAAAAGGAAAACAUGAUUACUUUCAUGAUAAUAGUAAAGAACUUUACAUGAAGGAAUUUGAAUGUUCUUGCAAACGAACAAAGGAUGAGAAACGUAGUACUAAAAAUAAAGAACCGAUAUACUUAAAGAAUGAAACAAGAUUUGGUUGUGCAGCAAGACUUAGGAUUGGAAGAAAAAAGAAUGAAGAAUGGAGAGUGACUAUUUUUGAUAUUCAGCAUAACCAUGACAUGGUCUCACCCGACCAAAGUUAUAUGUUGAGAUCGGCUUGUAGUAUUUCAUAUGCUAAAGGAAAUACACUCAAAACAUUGGUCGAUGCUGGAUUUUCGAUACCCAAUGCAUAUUCUUACUUGCAACAAGAAUCACAUGGGAGAGAAAAUGUCGGUUUUCUUAAAAAAGAUGCAUACAAUUACAUUAAUCGUAUCGCAAAAGAUCACAGACAAGUUGAAGAUGGUGAUGCUGCUGAGUUGAUUCGGCAUUUUAAAAAUAAAUCGAACAAAGAUAUAUUGUUCUACUGGGAUUUUCAAGUUGACGAAAAUAACAGGAUGUGCAAUUUCUUUUUCAGAGAUGGUUGGAGUCCGGUCGAUCAUGAGGCUUUUGGUGAUUUUGUUUCAUUUGAUACCACGUAUAAAACAAAUAAAUAUAAUCUGAUUUGUGCACCUUUCACGGGCAUUAACCAUCAUAAGAACAAUGUGAUGUUCGGAUUAGCUUUUAUGUCUCAUGAAACAGAGUCAUCUUUUCAGUGGUUAUUCAACACAUUUCUCGAGUCUAUGGGUGGAAAGUAG